CAGUGCUUAGACUCCAUAACGAAACGUAAACAGCAGAUCGUUUUCAACAUUCCAACAUAUCUACUUAGAUAGUUAGAUUUGUAAAAAAACCCCUCAUUAAUACGUACAUCAUAGAGGUCCGCUCCAUUGUGCAUACAAGAGCUAUGUGCGACCGAAUGUCGGUGAAUAAACAAUAAUUAACAAUAGCCAAAUAGCGAGUGACCGCAUAAACAAGCAGGUGUUUGAAAAUGUGAUUGCCCCAAAACACGAGAAUUGUCGUACACAACAAAAACAACAAAAGAACAGAAGAGAAAACAAGAAAAAGGAACAACUAUUUCCCCUUGUCCGGAAAAAUCAGCUACCGGCGUGAGGCUGAGGCAAAAGCUGUGUGAGCGAUGAUCGGGCGCGUCAGUGGUCACACCGCUACCAAAUGCGCCAAUCCUAGAAUGAGGAACCAUGAAUUUCCUUGGCCAUGACCAUCUCAGUGGAUUUCGACGCAUUGACCGGAUUGGAGCCCACCGCCAGACACCGUGGGCCGAUCAGGAAUCCUUUCACCUCAAGGACGCCUUCCUAUGGAAUUGGCAUAAGGGCUCCAGAGUUAGUACAGCAAAUGAUUGGCUGCAAAUACAAAUCGGCGGCCCCCAGGAUGUCAAAAAGAAAAGGCCAAAGGGCCAGAAUCGCAUCAAGUCCACCAAAUACACACUUAUCACAUUCCUGCCACAAAAUCUACUGGAGCAAUUUCGCCGCAUUGCGAAUUUCUACUUCCUGGUGAUGACAAUUAUAUCACUUUUAAUUGAUAGUCCAGUGUCGCCGAUGACCUCACUUUUACCUCUAGUAUUUGUAAUUGCUGUGACCGCUGCUAAGCAAGGAUAUGAAGAUAUCCUGCGAUAUAGAACUGAUAAUGUGGUCAAUUCCUCGCCAGUUACUGUCAUCCGGGAUGGCAAGGAGGCGAUAAUCAAGUCGGAGGACGUGAUACCCGGAGAACUGAUCGUCGUGGAGCGGGACUGCGAUGUGCCGUGCGAUCUGGUGCUGCUGCGAUCCACCGAUCCGCAUGGCAAGUGCUUCAUCACCACGGCGAACCUGGACGGGGAGUCCAACCUGAAGACGCUGUUGGUGCCGCGUGAUCUGCCCACCGUCGACCUGCCGGAGAUGCACAAGCUGGGCAUGAUCGAGUGCGAGAGUCCCACCACCGAUUUGUAUAGCUUCAAUGGCAAGAUCGAGCUGAAGGGCGGCGAUGGUCGGGUGCUGCCGCUGUCCGCCGAGAAUGUCCUGCUCCGCGGAUCGCGGGUGAAGAACACGGAGUGCGUCAUCGGCUGCGCCGUCUACACGGGCAUGAUCUCCAAGCUGCAGCUGAACAGCCGGCUCACCCGGAACAAGAACGCCUCCAGCGAGACGUACAUCAAUCGCUUCCUGAUCGUCAUCCUUCUCGCCCUGAUCGCCAUCGUCACCCUGCUGUACUUCCUGAAGAGGUACAACGAACUAUUUGUGAUACCCAAGCUGUUCUAUCUGGGGGAUGCGACGGAUAGCUACAGUGUGAAGCAGUUCCUGCAGGACUACCUGUCGUUCCUGAUCCUCUUCAACUACCUGAUACCCAUCUCCCUGUACGUGACCAUCGAGCUGCAGCGCGUCAUCGGCAGCUGGUUCAUGGAGUGGGACCUUGAGCUGUACGAGACGGAGACGGAUCAGCCAUGCGUGGUCAACACCUCCAAUCUGAACGAGGAACUGGGCCAGAUCAAUAUACUGUUCUCGGAUAAGACGGGCACGCUGACCAAGAACGAGAUGAACUUCCAGCAGUGCUCCAUAAAUGGCAGCAAGUUCCUCUUCAAGAAGACGCGGCUGGAGGAUGAGGAGACCAAGGCGCUUCUGGACAUCAAUAGGUUUUCCGCCAGCCAGCGUGUCUUCUUCCAGGCCCUGUCCAUAUGCCACACCGUGCAGGUGGCCUCCGGAUCGCUGGAGGAGGCGGAUGCGGGCGCUGCCAAACGGGAGCCGGUGACGGCGAUCAAGUCGGGUCCGCCGGAGAUGUACUCCAUUUCGGACAUCACCGAGGAGAGCCACAAUGCUAGUCAGCAGAGCGAGCUAAAUGUGAGCCACACCAUCGAUAAUUCGGUGUCGGCGCAUCCCAAUGGGGUCAGCUCAACGACCACUUCAUCCGACGUUAAUCCACUGCUGGUUUCCGACGACGGCUAUGGCGUGGAGCGGCGCAAGCGUCCGGUGGUCGUCAAGAGGAGUCCCAACUUUGCGCGCGCCAAUCGGACGCACAAUGGUGCCGCCAGCGAUCUGAACGCCAGCCAGACGGACCUGAAUGGGGCCACCAACGGUGUGGAGGCCACACCCAACUUUCGACCCAUUUCGCUGCAAUUCCGACGCUCCACCUCGGAGAAGGAUCUGCAGCAGUCCUGGGAAGCGCCCAAUGGCCAGGCGCCGGGUCACCGACGGGCCCACUCCUAUGGCGCACCCAAUGCCUACCUCACGAGCCCGGUCACCGCCAGCACCCCGCCCGCCAGCGUGCUCUUCCGCUCGCCGAGCACCACUUCCCGGGAGUCCUACGCCGCGCCCACCUUCACCCGCCAGCCCACCAUUCUGGUGCGCGCUGAGUCCCAGCGCCGGAAGAACGAGAUCCGGGACUUUAUCUUCACCUUGGACUAUCAGGCCUCCAGUCCGGAUGAGAAGGCCCUGGUGGAGGCGUGUGCCAACUUGGGCAUGGUCUACACCGGCGACGAUGACGAGACACUCCGUGUGCGCAUUGUGCCGCCCCACAUGGACUACAAGCGGCCGUUCGCCAAGCCCAGGGAGGAGACCUUCCAGCGCCUCCAUGUGCUGGAGUUCACGUCGGAUCGCAAGCGCAUGAGCGUGAUUGUCCGCGAUACGGAGGGCAAGCGGUGGAUCUACACCAAGGGUGCCGAGAGCUAUGUCUUUCCACUGUGCGCCAACAGCUCAGCCGAUCUGGUCUCGAAGACGGAUGCGCACAUCAGUGAUUUCGCUCGACUGGGAUUGCGUACACUGGCCAUUGCCAGGCGGCUGAUUGGCGAGGAGGAGUACCAGGACUUCCUGGUGGAGCUGGCACAGGCGAACAGCUCACUCGAGAAUCGCAAGCAGCUCAGCGAGGAGUGUUAUGCCAAAAUCGAAAGCAAUCUGGAUUUGCUCGGUGCGACAGCGGUGGAGGAUGCGCUGCAGGACGACGUGGCCGACACGUUGGUGUCCCUGCAGGCGGCUGGCAUUAAAAUCUGGGUGCUAACGGGCGACAAGGUGGAGACGGCCCUGAAUAUAGCCCUGUCCUGUGGCCACAUUCCGCCCGAUGCCAAGAAGUACUUCAUCAUGGACUGCAAGAACAGGGAGGAAAUGCUGCUGCACCUGAACGCCCUGGACCGCGAGAUCAUCUUCGGCAUUGGCCAGCAGUGCGCCCUGCUCAUCGACGGCAAGAGUUUGGGCGUGGCCCUGGCGGAGGCCAGCUCGGAGUUCCGGGAUGUGGCUGUCAAGUGCACGGCGGUGCUGUGCUGCCGCCUCAGUCCGCUGCAGAAGAGCGAGGUGGUGUCACUGAUCAAGUCCUCCAACGAGAACUACAACACGGCCUCCAUUGGCGACGGCGCCAACGAUGUGUCCAUGAUCCAGGAGGCCCACGUGGGCAUUGGCAUCAUGGGACGCGAGGGCAGGCAGGCGGCACGAUGUGCGGACUUUGCCUUCGCCAAGUUUUGCAUGCUCAAGAGACUGCUCCUCGUCCAUGGACACUAUCACAGUGUCCGACUGUCCCUGCUGGUGCUGUACUUCUUCUACAAGAACAUCGUGUUCAUGGGCAUCAUGUUCCUGUUCCAGUUCCACACGCUGUUCUCCUCGUCCUCCGUCUACGAUUCGCUAUUCCUCACCCUGUACAAUGUGAUAUACACCUCGCUGCCCAUUCUGUUCAUCGCCAUCUCCGAGAAGCCAUACACCGAGGAGAAGUUGAUGAGAACACCGCAGCUGUACAAGAAGAACACGGACAACAAGCAACUCCACUGGCCGUACUUCCUCAUGUGGGUCCUGUUCGCCAUCUACCACAGCGUGAUCAUAUUCUACUUCGCCUUCUGCCUCUUCUCCUACAACAACGUGAUCCUGAACUACGGACAGACGGUGGCCUUCUCCUGCUUCGGCACCCUCCUCAUGUGGACGGUGGUGGUGGUCGUCAAUCUCAAGCUGUGGCUCGAGUCGAUGUACCUGUCCUUCUGGUACAUAUUCACCAUUAUCAUUUCGAUUGUGGGCUUCAUAGUCACAACGGUUAUCUACAACGUAAUCAAUCUGGACUACGACACCGACAUCUACUGGGCCUACAACAAUCUGCUGGCCUCGCUGCCGGUCUGGCUGUGGAUCAUAUUGACCUGUGUGGCCUGCCUGGUACCCGACUACACCAUCCGAAUGCUCCAGAGGGCGCUCAACAUAAAGAGUUUCAGCAUUUUUCCCGGAAAACAACGACAACUUAAGAUGCGCCAGAAGUUCGAGUCCACAUACUUGUAAUCGACGAUAGGCUAUAGUUUUUAUACCCCUAAUUUAUUUAUUUCCCUAUGUAUACACUUUUUUUUUGUUAGAUAAACAAAUUUUUGUUGAAA